AGGGAAAGGAGAAAGCUCCAGGUAGUGUGCGAUGGUGGACCCGUCCAACUUCGCCACUCUUGUGUCCAUUGUCCGGCUUUCCAACUUCUUUGCUGCCAUAUCCACCCUUCAAGUUGCGCGUGGAUCCCGCGAAAUCGACACCACAUCGCUUGGUGGAUGGCAAAUUCCUGGCCAUGACCUGUAUCGUGACCGGUCGCUAUUCUGCUUGUGGUCGGGAGCUCCAGUCCAGCGACAUCAGCGCCUUGGACGACUACAUCCAUCGUUGCAAGCUGGGCCCCUACCGUCCCAGCCGCGGCAUUUCGCUGGCGCAGCAAGCUGCCCAUGGCACGCCCGAAGAGCGAGAAACAGCGCUGCAGGAACUCGACAAGUUCGCGGCCGCCGCACGGAACGAGUUAGGAAAGGUCCGGCGCAUCCAGGAGAAUCGGCUCGUGCAGAUCAAACAGGCUUUGCCUCCCCAUUUCCAAGCCGCCAUUCGACUUGAAGCUUUGCCACCAACAAACCGGAGGCGCUCCUCGACCUCCAGUGCUUCCACACGCGGCAUGUCGAGUGAGAGCAGUGGCUGAGACCACGGGGGCCCUUGCCACCUGAUGGUGUUGAGGGAAGCUAGCUGUGAAGGUCUCAUUUUGGGAGCGGAGGUGCUUGGGACUCAAUCAAUGAAGUCCAGACACAGGUUAAGAUGGUG